CAAGAGGAGAGCAGCGGCAUCGUCUCAGCGGUUUUCACUGUAACCAUACUGUAAUAGAGACUGGACCGACGAACAACGCCCGCUCUAUCGCAUAGACAGAUUAUAUAUAUUCAUUUGUAAUCAUAGUCGUUUUAUUUGUACUCGCCGGGUGCUUCAGCUCGUCACAAUGACAGCUCUGUCGCUGCUUUUGAUGGCCGUGUCGGCCGCAUAUGCACUGGCCGAGUCCACUGUGUAUAUGCGAGAGCAAUUUGAAGAUGGGGAUGUCUGGAAUAGUCGCUGGAUGGAAUCCAAGCACAAGACAGACUACGGCAAGCUGGUCCUGACAGCAGGGAAGUUCUACGGAGAUGCAGAGAAAGACAAAGGUCUGCAGACGAGCCAGGACGCCCGCUUCUACGCGUCAUCGUACCGUUUUGAUGACUUCAGCAACCAGGACGAGCCUCUAGUCAUCCAGUUCACUGUGAAACAUGAGCAGAGCAUUGACUGUGGUGGAGGCUACAUUAAACUGUUCCCCUCUGGCCUCAACCAGGAGGACAUGCACGGAGACUCCGUCUACAACAUCAUGUUCGGUCCCGACAUUUGUGGCCCCGGCACAAAGAAGGUACAUGUUAUCUUCAACUACCAAGGCAAGAACCAUCUGAUCAACAAGGACAUCAGAUGCAAGGAUGAUGAGUACACCCACUUGUACACACUGAUUGUCAACCCUGACAACACUUACGAGGUAAAGAUUGACAAUAAGAAGGUUGAGUCCGGCAAUCUGGAGGAUGACUGGGACUUCCUGCCUCCCAAGAAAAUGAAGGACCCUGAAGCCAAAAAGCCAGAGGACUGGGAUGACCGGGAGAAUAUCCCCGACCCUGACGAUAACAAACCAGAGGACUGGGACAAACCAGAGAACAUCCCAGAUCCCGAUGCUAAGAAGCCUGAUGACUGGGAUGAAGAGAUGGACGGAGAGUGGGAGCCGCCUAUGGUUGCAAACCCUGAAUACAAGGGUGAGUGGAAGCCCAGAGAGAUCAUCAAUCCGGCCUACAAGGGCAAGUGGACCCACCCUGAGAUUGACAACCCGGAGUACACUGCCGAUUCUGAGAUCUAUAAAUACGACAGCAUCGGCGUGAUUGGACUCGACUUGUGGCAGGUCAAGUCUGGUACCAUCUUCGAUAACUUCCUGAUCACCAACGACCCAAACCUGGCCGAGGAAGUCGGCAACGACACAUGGGGUACAACUAAGGACGCAGAGAAAAAGAUGAAGGAAAGUCAAGAGGAGGAGGAGAGAAAGAAACGUGAGGAAGAUGACAAGCAGAGGGGAGAGGAGGCAAAGGAGGAAGAGGAGAAGGAUGAGGAGGAGGAGGAGGAGGAGGAAGGAGAUGAAGAAGAGGAAGAGGAGGAAGGGGAAGAGCAGGAGGAGGAAGAAGAGGACGAUGAAGGAACAGACUCUAAACUCAAGGACGAGUUAUAAACUCCAUGCAGGAACUUAACUGUCUGUGUCAAUGAGCCAUUGGAACCAGGCUGGAGACUGAAAAGAUGAUAGACCCUCAUGACUGACACCCUGGGGUGGGGUUGGGUGGGAUGGGGUUUUCCAUUUGUUUGUUUACAAAGCAAGGGAGUAGGUGAAAAAAAGGGCAAUUAUUGUUCUAUUUCCCGUUUCUAUGUGCUACUACUACUACUACUACUACUAUUGUUAUUAUUAUUAUUAUUAAACAAGGAAUAGUAAUAGAAAGAAGGACGACGUCACGAAUGUCAAGCCAGGAAAUCAAAUCAAUCAGCUAAAUUGUUUCGCCCAUAGGAAAAUAUGUAUAAUUUGGGUUCUUAAAAAAAUCUGGGUUUUUAUGAAGUAUAAUGUUGUGGUGACAUGAAAAGCUAUAUUUGGUAUGUUGGUGAUACCAUGAACAUGUUCUGUUUACCUCAUGUGUUAGUUUUAUUAAUCUGUGUCACAUGUUUUUUUGUUUUUUUUAAUCUUUUGCAAUCAAACAUGUCACUCAUGUCUCAUGGCCCCCUUUAAAAAGCUUUGUCAAUCUCAAACAAUUCGAAAGGGUUAGACAUCUGUACAAAGGUUAUUUUACCUGCUUUUAUUUAAAUGUCUUGAUUUGAACAAGGGUUAAUGGCAUGGUGCAUCAGGACUGACACAACAUAUCUGACAACCUGUUGAAAAAAGCCGUCGUCCAUAGGAUGGGAAUACAGGGUGCUUUAAGGUAAAAUCCCUUGCAUAGUUUUGUACUGUAUAGUUAACACUUUUUUUCACUUCAAUGCAUAUUCUGUAGUCUUGUGUGUCUAAAUAAAGUGUGCUCAAACUCAGAUGUACAUUGAGAGCACUCCAGUAGCAGGUAAGCUUACGUUCAGUUGGUACAUGUUCACUUUAGGUUUACUCAUAGUAGGUGUACACAACCAGUUUUCCUCAUAUUUUGAUGCUGAUACCUCUGCACUGCUGUCCCCCAACGCACUGUCCCAAACAGUCUGAGAGAUGAUCCUUUUGUAAAAGACACAUUUUGUACUAAUGGUAGUAAUUGAAGUGGGAAGAUUUCCAUGUUGCUGUGUUUAAAAAAAACAAAGACAGGUGUUCUGUCCAAUAAAAUCAACCAGUGGAAAAUAA